AUGCUCCCAAGAAUACCUCAGUGUGACUUUUAUUUAAAACUGCAGGACCUGUUAUUUUCUCUUUCAGAUCCUCCGAAGAGCGUCUCAGUAUCAGUGAGCCCCUCUGGUGAAAUAGUGGAGGGCAGUUCAGUGACUCUGACCUGCAGCAGUGAUGCCAACCCACCAGUGCAGAGAUACACCUGGUAUAAGAAGAAUAAACCUGUAUCCUCAGAGACAGGAGGACCAGAGGACAGUUACACCAUUAAAAGCAUCACACUGCACGAUGCAGUAGAAUACAUCUGUGUGGCACAGAAUAGGAUUGGGAUAAAAAGAUCUCCUCCUAAACGUCCUGAUGUGCUGUAUCCUCCGAAGAGCGUCUCAGUAUCAGUGAGCCCCUCUGGUGAAAUAGUGGAGGGCAGUUCAGUGACUCUGACCUGCAGCAGCGAUGCCAACCCACCAGUGCAGAACUACACCUGGUUUAAGAAGAAUGACACUGGAGACUGGCAGCCAGGAUCUGGACAGAGUUUGAACUUUUCUAACUUUAGAUCCUGGAACAGAGGACAGUACUACUGUGAGGCACAGAACAGACUUGGAGCUCAAAAUGCUUCUGCUCUACUGGUCACAGUGCAAGGAGGUCAGUCACUGAUCGUGGCUGCAGCUGUGGGAGUGGCUGAAAUUUUGGCUCUUGUGUUUCUGUGUGUGUGCCUGAGGAGGAGAAAAUCAACAAAUGAGACAGAAGGGGACAGGCAGGGGAAUAAAAGCCCCAUUUAUGGCAACGUCUCAGGUAUGCCAAUGAGUCACACUGGAACACAGGGUACGGACAGAGACGACGGUGAAGUUCCCCUCUACGCCUCUGUUCAGCCCGCUAACACCCGCAACCAGGAGCAGGUUCUGUACUCCACUGUUCAAAAGCCACUCCCCCAGUGUGAGGAGGGUGUUCAGUACGCCAGCAUCCAGUUCCGCCCCUCCAGUGCUGCCCCCAGGUCACCAGCCCCAUCCGUAAAGGAAGACUGUGUUCUCUACAGCACACUUCAAAAACUGGACAUGUGAAAAUAAACCAGCAAGAUAUCUUGCUUCAUAAACUGUAGACCAAUGCUGGUUAUUCAGCGUAAAUUUGGACAUUUCUUUUGAAUGUGUGAGCAUUUUUUUGCUUGAACUUUAAAUGGCAAAUUGUCUGCAAAGUAAUCCUCAAGCAGUAUGAACCAAACAUUUCCUUCACUGGAUGAUACAUUUAAGAGUAUUUAUUAAAACCAGUGAACAUAAACUCUCCUCAUUACCUCAGGUCACAUGACUGUGCCUUUGUCACAUGACCAGGAUGACUAUGGCUAUUGGGUCUGCAAAGAUGUACCCCGAAUGCAUCAUUCCUUUGGCAUUCUAUCAAAAUGUACAUGCAUAACAGCUCAUGUCUUCAUAUUAUACACAAAGUAUUAUCAAGAUGUUGGUGACUGA